UUUGAGAGGAGCGUGAAAGAAAAGUAGCGAUAUCGUCCGAUAAAUGUACUUGUUUUUCGUAGUAAGUAAGGUUUGGUUUAGUUAGAUUAUUUGGCGGAUAGAUAGCACGGGUAAUCGGCGUACCUCUGGUGGCGUUCAAAAUUUUGUACACAAGUGUCAAAUUAGUGGCGGACUCAAAUGUCUAGUUUUUUAGUUUUUUGACGGAUAUGCGGUAUCAUUUUAUACGAAACCGCGAAGUGACAAAAGUUUUAUUAGUUUCCGUUCUUUCUUGGCAUUAAGUGCGCAAGCGCGGUGAUUCCACAACGCCCAGUCGACAAUAGGCGCCAGUUAUACGACAUCGAAACAUCAGGCAUGGCUGAAGAAAGCAGCAACGAAUACACGCCUCUCGACUUAAGCAUGAAGGACAAAGCAACACCAAGUGCAAACCGUGACGGUACCCUGGACGCUUCAUCUACUUUGAGCGCCUACACAACUAUUUCCGACGAGGCCUUGCGUUUCCAGAGGAACACGCAGCACACGCCUACGACCGAAGAUAGCUGCAACGUCGACGGUGUCAUUGACGAGGUCGGAACAUGUUGCCAGCCACUGGAGCACAUCAGGAACAUCGGUAAGGUAAUGCCCAGCACAAGCCGCGCUGGCAUAGAGGAACCAUCAGCCAAUUCUGAAGACGGCGUUACGAGUGCUCCUGGAACCGGAGGACGGGAACAGCGAGAGCUGUGCGGUGUAUGUGGCAAUGUUUCGAGCAAAUGGGAAGCCUUACAGAGGCACGCCAAGGAACAAGCGGAUGACACAGCCAACAUUUGCAAAGCAUGUGGUCAAGCUUAUGUGAAGAAGUCUAAGUUUGUAGAACAUUGCCGCAACAGUAGUGACAAAAAACACAAAUGCGAAACCUGUGGUAAACAGUUCCGCCGGACAGAUUACCUAACUAAACAUUACCGCACGCACACCGACGAGCGACCCUACAAAUGCAAAAUCUGUGAUAAAUCAUUCCGGCAGCCUAAUCAUCUAGAUAACCAUAAGCGCACGCAUACAAACGAGAGAACCCACAAAUGCGAAAUAUGCAAUAAAUCAUUCCGGCGCUCUAGCCAUCUAGAUAACCAUAAGCGCCAGCACACAGGUGAGAAACCCUACAUUUGCGAAACAUGCGGUAAAUCAUACAGGCGGGCGGAGAGUCUUCAUAGGCAUGAGCACGCUCACGCAGAGGAGAAACCUCAUGCAUGCCAAAAAUGUGGUAAAUAAUUUUAAAGAAAAUUUAACCUCGAGAGACAUGUAGAUUCCCAAUGCGCAAACUGAGCUUUUGUUUGCGAAAUCUGUGAUCGAUUCUUUAUGAACAAUUCGACUCUUCUUCGUCACCGCCGAACAAAGCACGUGGAUAAAACGCCUUAUGAGUGUACGCAGUGCGGAUGUCGUUUUGCAGACAAAAAAACACACGCUAGGCAUGUGUGCCAGAAGGAAUGCAAUAUGUGAACGAUUCCGUCUGGUUUUUGGAAAUUGCGGGACAAGAGUGCGUCGCCAGAAGUAUUUGGGGUGUUUCAAUGUCGAAAAAUAUAGCUGGUCCUGGUCAGCGCUCACUGUUCCAUGAAGUAUGUUGCUGGUGAACAUUGCUUUAUGAAACUCAUUUCAAGACAAACCCUAAUGGGCUGCAAGAUUGUGCUUUGUGUAACUAAAGGCGGAAAUGUCCACAAAAAGAUUCUUCACCCCUACUUGGUUAGAGAAAGUUCUUUUGCAGGUCUUUUUAGUGUACCAUCAAACAAGCUUUAAUGAACCAUAUUCGUAGCGAUUUUGCAGCGUAAACAGAAUGGAAUGUUUCUCUUUAAGAAGCAUUUGAGAACGGAGGUACUGCAUUCUAGGCAACUAAAAAGUAAUCUCUGAGGUCAGGUAUAUGAGGUCCAAAGGUCAAGUGGCCUUCGAGUGAAAGCACUUCCAGAUACUAUUACGACAAUUCAUAACUACAUUGUACGCGCAUGAAAAGUAUUUGCUUGUAAAUUUGGUUCAAUGCAUUGACUGUUCUUUGACGCGUAUAUUCACACAUCAGAUGUUUGUUCUAUACCAUAAAAUAAGCUGGUGACGGUAGCGAGACAGUACUAGAUUCAAAUCAUUUGGAACUUCAGUAUACAACAAGGUGUCCCCCUAGGAAUAUCUUUAGUCAGGUUUUAUUGUGGCGGAACUUCUGAAGUUUAUUAGAUUGUUUUUUUAUUCAC